CAUGCUAAUAUUAUUUCUACUUUUAGGUCUAAGUGUAAAUAUAGAACUUAAAUUUGAAGAGGAAAUUAUUAAAUUAGAGCAAACUUAAUUAGGCAAGACAUUCUUAGAUACAGUCUAAAUUGCUGUAAGAAGCAAAGAGCCAUUAGAUAGAGUCUUCCAAAUAUUGAGAGAUUAAGCAUAGUCUUAUGAAACAGAAUUCCUAACAAUUGAUGAGAGGCAUAAGACUUUCUCAUCUAAAUGUGCUAAAGAUCUAGGAGAUUUUGAUAAUUAUGCAGCUUUAUUAAAAGCUCGUAUUAUGGACAUGUAAUAAGCUUUAGAUGAUAAAAUACCUGAAAAAACAAAAAAAGUUAAUACUCUUUAAAACAAAAAGAAAGAAAAGACAAUGUUAAUUAAUAGAAUAGAUGAGAUCUAAUAAAAUAGAGAGAAAUAAAAGUGCAUCUUUGAAUCUAGACUUGAGUAAAUAUAUAUGUAUAUCAAAGAGAACAUUAAACAGCCAUAUCUGCUGUUGUUGCAGUUAGAGAAAUAUUUGAGUCUGCUUUGUAUGAAAAUGAUAAUGGAGAGACAGCGUUUAUUCAACUAUAAGAGGAUGAUGUUGAUAAAGUUACAAAUUUAUUAGGUUAUGCAAGUCUUAAAGCAGGUAUUCUAUGAUCUCUAAAUAAAUAAUAGGUGAUUUUAAACAUUUAUAGGGUUAUAGUUCAUUGUUUACAGUGAUGGAACAAUUAAAAGUAGUUUAAAUUUCUAAACAUGAAGAAACUGUAAGAUAAUUAGUAGAAACUUGCAAUGAUUUAGAAAAUUAUAUUGAUAUAGCCAGGAGUCUAUUAAGAUCUGUGGAUGAUAUCAGAGAGUCAUAUUUCUAAAGAUUAUACAAAAAUUUAAAUCAAGAUCUUAGAGAUGUUAAUGCAAUUAUUGAGGAACUAGAUUCAGAUGUAAAUGUUUUGGAAGCCUAAAUCAAAGUACUGACUAUGGACAGAGAUGAAGCUGUAUAAAAAUAGGAUAAUAAAUUAAAAUAAAGAGGAGAUAGAGCAGUUGAAUGUGAAUAAGAAGAUACUGUUUAUUAGUUCAAAUUAUAAGAAAAGUAAUUUAAAUUAAUAUUAUAUAUUAGCUAAAGAGAAAGAGAAACUAUUUAAAGGAUAUUAUCAUUAUGUUUAGAGAAUGUUAAAGAACUUAAACAUUAUAUCAAAAGAAGAGGAGAUGAAUUUAAAUGAUU